AACAACAAUCAAUCAAUCAAUCUAAAUAAAGCACGAGCGGGGGAUUUACUGGAAUUCCCCCGAGGGAGAGUGUACUCACACUGGGCUGUCUAUGUGGGGGACGAAGAGGUUGUACAUUUAGCUGGUAUCGAUGAUGAUGAUGGAAUCGAUGGAAACUCAAACCCUUCCCAUUUCUUCUCCAUCAGCGGAAAGACUUACAAUAAGGCUAUGAUCAAAAGGGAAGACUUCUGGAAAGUGGUUAAGGAUUCCAAGGCCAAAAUAAACAACGACAAGGACAGGAAAUACAGGCCACGCCCAGCAAGUAGAAUAGUUGAAGAAGCCAUAAGAAGAAUUGGAGAAACCGGAUACAAUCUCCUCUGGAAAAACUGUGAACAUUUUGCAGCUUUCUGUAGAUACGGAGUAGAGUGGUCCGAGCAGGCAGAUAAUGCCUUAGGUUAUCUGAUGGUCGGACUAGCCGCAGUGAUAUUCAGGGGUAUACUAAUGGAAUGGUUCAGUGAGAAGGAGGACUAA